GUGAGGUAUUUCGUAGAAGGUGGUGUUCCUCGGGAGCUUCAGUGUCACCGCUGUGACAGCAUCCGCGGCCUCCGAAGGACCAUGUCACUAGACUUUGGCAGUGUGGCCCUGCAGACACAAAAUGAAGACGAAGAAUUUGACAAAGAAGACUAUGAAAGGGAGAAAGAGUUGCAGCAGUUACUCACAGACCUGCCUCACGAUAUGCUGGAUGAUGACCUGUCUUCCCCCGAACUUCCCUAUUCGGACUGCAGCGAGGACGGCAGAGAGGAAGACACACAUCAUUCUGAGCAAUUGGAGAUGAACUGGACUGAGCAUCAGGUGCUGCCUAAACCUCCAAAUGUAAAUGCCUAUAAUGAGAUUCGGGAUAUAUGUAUUGGAGAGAAAAGUAGCAAUGGCUGGGAAGAGAAUCAAAGUAGAACUGAAGACCAGCAUCCUGUCUACCAUCCUGAAGGAGGUGGAGAUGAAGGCGGAAGUGGUUAUAGUCCUCCGAGUAAAUAUGAACAGACUGAUUUAUAUCACCUUCCUGAAAACUUUAGGCCAUAUACCAACAGUCAGAAGCAGGAAUUUAAUAGCCAACCAACCAAUGUGAUUACAUUUUCAGAUACUCAAAGGAAUCAUUUUCAGCAAUUUGGUAUGUCACAAGGUCCUAGCUGUCAAGCUUUGGAAUCGUAUAAAGUGACGUAUAAACCUUUUCAGUCUUCUGCCCAGAAUAAUGGCUCACCAGCCCAGGACAUUGCAGAAAGUGACACAUUUGAAGGCCUGCAACAGCAAUUUUUAGGAGCUAAUGAAAACUCUGCAGAAAAUAUGCAGAUUAUUCAACUUCAGGUUCUUAACAAAGCUAAAGAGAGACAACUGGACAAUUUAGUUGAAAAGUUAGAUGAGAGUGAACGUCAAGUUAGAUAUCUGAAUCAUCAGCUUCUGAUAACCAAAGAUGAAAAGGAUGGUUUGGCCCUCAGCCUUCGAGAAUCACAGAAACUCUUUCAGAAUGGAAAAGAAAGAGAAAUACAGCUUGAAGCACAAAUAAAAGCACUGGAGACCCAAAUACAAGCAUUAAAAGCCAAUGAAGAACAGAUGAUUAAGAAGUCCAGAACUACUGAGAUGGCCAUGGACAGCCUGAAGCAGCAGCUGUUGGACCUGCAUCAUUCCGAAUCACUUCAGCGCACGAGGGAGCAGCAUGAGAGCAUCGUGAUGGGCCUCACAAAGAAGCAUGAGGAGCAAGUGCUGUCCUUACAGAGGAAGUUGGAUGCUACCCUUAUUGCACUGAAGGAACAGGAAGAUAUCUGCUGUCAUUUGAAAGAUCAGGUUAAACAACUGGAAAGGAAUCAAGAAGCAACCAGAUUAGAGAAGACUGAGAUCAUUAACAGAUUGACAAGAAGCCUGGAGGAGAGUCAGAAGCAGUGUGCCAACCUGCUGCACUCAGGCUCAGUACAGGAGGUGGCUCAGCUCCAGCUCCAGCUGCAGCAAGCACAAAAGGCACUCGCUAUGAGUGAAAACAUGAGCAAGGCUUUGCAAGAAGAAUUAAAAGAACUAAAAGAUGAAAUUUCUCUCUAUGAAUCUGCUGCAAAACUAGGAGUACUUCCAAGUGACUCAGAAGGAGAAUUAAAUGUAGAACUAACUGAAUCAUAUGUUGAUUUGGGUAUUAAGAAAGUCAACUGGAAAAAAUCUAAAGUUAAGAGCAUUGUGCAGCAAGAAGGCCCAGAUGAAGCGCUUUCUAAAGAGGAGGUCAUCUUGAAGCUGAAAGCAGAGGUGCAGCGUUUGCUGGAUAGCAACUCUGUGAAGCGUCAUCUGGUGUCUCAGUUACAAAGUGAUCUCAAAAACUCUCAUAAGAAAAUCGAAGCUCUCCAAGUGGAGAAGGAUGAAAAAAGCAUUGAGACUAAAACAGAUACCUCAGAAAAACCAACUAAUCAAAUAUGGCCUGACUCUUCUGACAUGAUUGUCAAAGAUGAUAUACUGCGGCUUAAAAAUGAAAUUCAAGUUUUACAGCAACAAAAUCAGGAACUUAAAGAAAGUGAAGAAAAACUGAGAAAUACAAAUCAAGACUUAUGCAAUCAAAUGAGACAAAUGGUACAAGAUUUUGACCGUGAUAAACAAGAAGCUGUUGAUAGGUGUGAGAGGACUUACCAGCAGCACCAUGAAGCCAUGAAAACCCAAAUACGGGAAAGCCUGUUAGCAAAGCACGCUUUGGAGAAACAGCAACUCUUUGAGGUUUACGAGGCGACUCGCUUACAACUUAGGUCUGACUUAGAUAAGGUGAAUAAGGAGAUGGCGGCUGUGCAGGAAUGUUACCUGGAAGUGUGCCGAGAGAAAGAUAACCUAGAAGCGACUCUCAGGAAGAGCGUGGAAAAAGAGCAACAGGCACAGGAGAAGAAGAGACAGCUAUUGGAGGAAAGAGAAGAGUAUGUAAGGAAACUACAGGUGGAACUUGAAGAAAAGUACCAAGAUACCCUUGUGAUGGAAAAGGACAAGUGGCUGAAAGAACAUGAAAGUAAUAUUAAACAGCAGGUUGAAAAUGAAGUGAUAUUAGCGAAAGAACACUGGGAUAAGGAACAGAAAGAGAUCAAACAGGAACUGAUUCAACAGCUUGAAAAGGAGUGGCAGUCUAAACUGGAUCAAACUAUAAAGGCAAUGAAAAAGAAGACCUCAGAUUGUUGCAGCCAAACUGACCAAGAAACCACCAUUGAUGUUAUUUCCAAGAAAGAGAUGGCAAUCAUGAUAGAAGAAAAGAAGCGAAAGAUCCAGCAAAAUUUAGAGCAAGAGAAGGAAACAGCCAUCAAGGGAAACUUGAAGAAACUUGAGUUUGAACUGGAACUCAAAUAUUGUGAAAAUAUUGCCAAACAGGUAGAAACAGCUGUGCAGAAUGCUCGUCAUCGGUGGCUGGAGGAACUGCCAGAGCUCGCCGAAUAUAAAGCACUUGUAAGAGCAGAACAGAAGAAGUGGGAGGAGCUACAAGAGCAGUCAGUGGCCAAACGGAUAUUGUUUGCUGUUUCUGAAGCUAAAGAGAAGUGGAAAAGCGAGGUUGCAAAUAUGAAGAAAAAUGUCACACCUGGAAAGGAAAUGGAAGAGAAGAUUCAUUCUCUGCAGAGAGAGCUUGAGUUAAAGAAUGAGGAACUCCCCGUGGUUGUCAGGGCUGAGCUGGCAAAGGCCCAGACUGAAUGGAACAAAGAAAAGCAAGAAGAAAUCCACAGAAUUCAAGAACAAAAUGAGCAAGAUUACAGGCAAUUUUUAGAUGACCAUCGAAAUAAAAUUAAUGAAGUGCUUGCUGCAGCUAAGGAAGACUUUAUGAAGCAAAAAACUGAACUACUUCUUCAGAAGGAGACAGAGUUACAGAUGUGUCUAGACCAGAGCCGCAGAGAAUGGACUAUGCAGGAAGCCAGGCGGAUCCAACUGGAAAUCCAUCAGCAUGAGGAAGACAUCCUAACUGUCUUGGAGUUUCUCUUAAAGGACACCCUGAAGGACCAAGCCAGUGAUUCAGAGAGUAAGCCCUUUUUGGAACUCUUGUCGACUUGUUCUUCGAAAUGGAUGUCUGUGCAAUAUUUUGAAAAACUAAAGGCCUGCAUACAGAAAGCAUUUCAAGAUAUACUCUCCUUACUUAUAGAAACCGUCAACUCAGACUGGGGGAAGAGAAAUAUGACCAAGAUCUCUAAGGAUCCUGCCAUGGGCAGAGGAGACCCUGGAGUCCAGGCGAUGCUUCCUGCGCCUACGUCUGGACACCAUGCUCUGCCUUUGGCGGCCGUACAAGAAGCAGAAGCUGAUAAGAAAAAGAUCCUUGAAAUUAAAGAUUCAUGCUGUGGAGACUGCUUCCAAGAACUUCAAAAUGCAAAGCAGGAAUGUCAAGAUCUGAAAAGAAAACUGGAGAAAUGCUGUAGGCAUCUUCAGCAUUUAGAAAGGAAGCACAAAGCUGUAGUGGAAAAAAUCGGAGAAGAGAAUACUAAAGUCGUUGAAGAAUUAAUAGAAGAAAACAAUGACAUGAAGAAUAAAUUAGAAGAACUGAGAACACUUUGUAAAACACUACCACCAAGGUCACUGUCAGAAGGAGCUAUUGAAAAUGCCUGCCUGCCGUGCAAUGAGGUGGCCUUGGAAGAACUUCGUGGGCAAUACAUUAAAGCUGUAAAAAAGAUUAAGCGUGAUAUGCUUCGUUAUAUUCAGGAGAGUAAGGAAAGAGCUGCAGAAAUGGUAAAAGCAGAGGUAUUGCGAGAACGUCAAGAAACCGCCCGAAAGAUGCGCAAAUAUUAUUUGAUUUGCCUCCAGCAGAUUUUGCAGGAUGAUGGGAAGGAGGAAGGGGCUGAGAAGAAGAUCAUCAGUGCUGCUAGCAAGCUUGCUAUGAUGGCAAAAUUGCUGGAAACACCUAUUUCUAAUAGAUCCCAGAGCAAAACUACACAGUCAGGAGUAUUGCCUCUGACUUCAGAGAGGCUGACUGGAGUUGAAAAAUCAAAAAGAAAUGAUGUGAAUCAGAAUAUACUAUGUCACACAGAAAGCAAAUCAAACAAUCUAAAAACGAUCCCCAGAAGUAUGUGCGACCAAGUUCCUAAGAGGAGGGCUGCCUGUAACCUACAAAGGCGAUUAGAGGAUGCGGAGCAUGGGGAUGGAAAGCCCGAGUGUUCCAGAGAGUCCCGUCUGGGCUUUCAGUUCAGGGAUAACAGUCAUAAACAUGUAGACAUUUUGCCAAGGAGUGUUUCUCCUGAGUUUGUGCCUUGUGAAGAUGAAAGAAGCUUUGGUUUGCACAAGAAGAAAGACCUCCUUGGUGAUCCUGGCUCUGAAUCACUCCAGCACUCAAACACACACCCCUUCCUUGGAACCUUUGGAAAUAAACCUUCAUCUCGAUAUACCCCUGAUCUUUCUGAGUCUGAAUCCACCCACAUUACUUGUCAAAGUCCUAAUGAAAGACUUGGUUUAAAAGUAUAUAAAUGUAAUCCACUAAUGGAAACUGAAAACGCUGCAUCUGAGAAAAGUCCGAGUUUGGGUGUUAAGGAAAUUCCAGUAAAGGAUGGAGUGGACCUGAGUGACUCUGCAGGCUGGCAUUCCAACACUGCCACUCCACCCUACAGCAGUCAUGAAGUGUCGUUUUUGCAUGGUGGGCCGCAAGACACCCUGGAUUCGCUCCUUGAAUCUGUGAAUUUCAAGCAGUUUUCAGCAGCCAGCUGUCUUUCAGACUCAGAGAAAAACAACAUGAUUCGUCAGCCUACGAAGUGUCAGAGUGGCCAUGCUCCAGACCUGUCAGAAGAAACCACGCAUUCCCAGCCAGGGAAGAGCAGCGUGACUCUUGGACACUCACCUCAUCGUGAAACUGAUAUAUUAAAGUCAGAAUUCAAAAACCUGAGCGGUACACUACCACCUGCCGUGUGUUCGCUGCCUUCGAGGAAAGUAAUCGCUCCUCUGUCUAGCCAGCAAGAUAGUGGCUUCGAUAGCCCGUUUGUCAAUCUAGACUAA